AUGGAUGAGAAUCAUCUGCCGCCAGGAGAAUGCUCACCGGGUAUGGGGUUACCUGCAACUCCCCAAAACCAGCACGCGGAAGUGGAGUUUGUAGAUGGGAGCCAGUCUCUUCCCAUCAAUCUUGUGGACGACAGCAUCCCUACCCCUAAUCAAGCACAGGCACCUCCCAUACGCAGAGGGAGAGGAAGACCACGAGGUUCCAAGAAUAAAAAGACUAUCGCUGCGGAAAAUGCUGUCCGACAACCGCAAACGCGAUUCCCGUCGCCACCACAGGCACUGGGCGAUGAGAAAUACAGCCACCAAAGUUGGAUGGGCGAUGAGUAUAUUCCUAGCAAUUAUGGAGGCUCUCCAUGCCGAACUAUCGACACAUCACAGCUCAGCAAUGGGGAAGUUUUGGUCCCGCCCGACCCUUAUGAGAGUCAAGCUAUCACGGAACUCAUCAAGAGUUAUAGAAACUCGGUCAAUCUUAUGAGGGAGAAGAACAGGUAA